CUAACAACAACCCAGUGCUGGCAAGCAGUUUGUAAUCUUACACUCCACAACGGGAUUCAGCAACUGUGCGCUUCAAGGGUUAAUACCAACAACAGAGCAGCCAUUCCUAGACCAGAAAAGAUUGCCAAAGAGGGACUUCCCUUUCUUGUCUCGCGUUCCUGAAAGAAACACAGAGAUGUUUGGGGGCUCAAGGAUGAAGGGGAACCAUCAGAAGUCUCACUGGAAGCAGCUGAGGAUCAGAAGUAUGAAUGUAAAUUGGUGAAUCAAGAUGGAGCAAACACACGAGAGGGGAGACAAAUGCAGAUACUGGGACAUGAAGUACUUCUCAGGGUGAUAAAAAUAAAAUUCAAGGGAGUACUCAUCACCUAAAGAAAAUAAGAAUGUCUCCUGAGUGCAGAACAGACUUAAAUUACCGAAAAGCCUUGAUUGCAGAUCGGAGAAGGCAUAAGAGAGGGAGACCAUAUAUAUCCGUGGAGUAUGACAAAAGUUUCAGUUACAGCAGCGCCCUUUCUAUACAUCAAAUAACUCAUACAGGAAACAAGCCGUAUAAAUUCUUGGAGUAUGGCAACAGCUCCAGUCUUAGUAGCUCGCCAACUGGACAUGAAAGAACUGAUCUAGGGAACAAACCUUAUAAAUGCUUGGAGUGUGCAAAGAGCUUCAGUCGUCAAGACCACCUUCCCAUCAAAAAUUGCAUACAGGGCGCAAACCGUAUGAAUGCUUGGAGUGUGGAAAGAGCUUCAGUCAAAGUUGCACCCUUAGUAGACAUCAAAGAACUCAUACAGGAGACAAACCUUAUAAACGCCUGGAGUGUAGAAAGAGCUUCAGUCACAGAAUGUCCCUUACUUUACAUCAAAGGACUCAUACAGGGGACAAACCUUAUAAAUGCUUCGAGUGUGAAAAGAGCUUCAGUCAGAAUGACAACCUUACUUCACAUCAAAGAACUCAUGCAGGGCACAAGCAUUAUAAGUGCUUGGCAUGUGGAAAGAGCUUCAGUCAGAGAGGCAACCUUACUAUGCAUCAAAGAACUCAUACAGGGGAGAAGCCUUAUAAAUGUUUUGAGUGUGAAAAGAGUUUCCGUAACCGUGGCACCCUUACUGCACAUCAAAGAAUUCAUACAGGACACAAACCCUAUAAAUGCUUUGAGUGUGGAAAGAGCUUCAGUCACAGAAACUCCAUCACAUCACAUCAGAGAAUUCACACAGGGGAAAAAUCUUAUGAAUGCUUGGAGUGUGGAAAGAGCUUCAGUUGGAGUGGCAACCUCACUUCGCAUCAAAGAACUCAUACAGGGGACAAGCCUUAUAAAUGCUGGGCAUAUGGAAAGAGCUUCAGUCAGAGUGGCAACCUUAUGUCGCAUCAAAGAACUCAUACGGGGAGAAACCUUAUAAAUGAUUAUAGUGUGCAAAGAGUUUCAUUCAGGAUGGCAUCUUCAGGCACAUGAAAUUAUCCAUACAGGAGAACAGCCAUAUAAAAGUUUGAAUGUGGAAAAAGCUUUAAGAAGAGUUGUAGUCUUUCUGUGCAUCAAAGGACCCAUACAGGGGUGAAGCAAUAUUAAUGUCUGGAUCUCACCCGUGCUACACAUUAAAAAAAUAACAUUGGGAAAACCAUGUAACUGUCCAGAGUGUGGAAAAAGUUUCAUUCCAUGUAUCUUCUCUAUUUCGCAUCCAAAUUUUCACAUGAAACAGCUUGAAUCAGAUUGUUAUUCUUCCUUCACAUCAAAGGAUCCUCAAAGAGGAGAGACGAUGAAAUGCUCAGAGUGGAAAGAGCUUUGUUAGAUACUCAGACGCUAUAUUAGAUACUCAUGAAUGUUAGUGUGAGCCUGUAUAGUACCGAGUAGAAUAGGUAAGCCAGACACACACAGGAGCUUGUUAAGAAGAACUUUACUUGUAACACACAAUAUAAGUCCUUGUAACAGGUAGGUACACGUAAGUACAGAAUACAUCACAUCAACAUUUACUCCUAAACCCCCACACACGCUGCUAACUCUAUCCCUGUUUUAUGGACCCUGGGUAAUUAGCGUUAAUCACCUGCAGCUGUGUGCCUGAUGCAAUCUGAGCCUCUACUUAUGCUCUCUGUUAACUCUUCGUUCCCCUGCAUCCUUGGGGAUCAAAAAACCACUCAACAACACUGCUUUCCAGCUGCUGGUAACAUUCCCCCACCUUUUUGAUUCCUGAGGAAUGCAGGCUUUACAGUGUAUAUGCAUAUGCAGCAAUCAAUCUUACAUUUGUUGUAUGUCAUUAUAAUCGUUAGUUUAUCUAUAAUCAGUAAUAGAGUCAUCUAGUUGUUCCACCCAAUCCCUACCCCCAUCCAGCAUUGCGAACCACACUUUAAAAUCCUGUUCAGUCCAGUCAUCAUUCUCAUUAUCGGGCUGAGCUGAUUUGUUCUUUUUCUGGGUCGUUUUUACUGUCGCGAUUUUAAAUCUGUCUGGAGGCUUUCCCAGGUUGGAUCUCUGUGAUCUGCGGGUUCAGCAACUGGUUGCCAUAGCUCGGGAGGUAGAACUUUCUGAUCCUCCUCCUCCCCUCUUUUCGUUUCAUUUUCUAUUUCUUGCUUUACGUAAAGGGCAGGCUGGUUUUCCCUAUUGGAUUCUGGGGAUGCUGUUAUAUCCUCCAAAAUACAAUUACUUGCUGCUUCUUUCAUUUCACCCUCAUGGACUUCAGUUGGAUUGACAUACGCCCCCCCCACAUGCUCUUGUUGCUGUCUAUUAGCAACACGUUUGUUUUCUGUGUCCGUUCCAGGACAUUACCCAGUCUUCUCCGGGUUGUGGGGGUUCUGGGCUCUCGGUGGUCACCUCCUGGCUUAGCAUUACUCCCUGGGAGUUAACUACCCAUAUUCUGUAUGCAGCUUUCUCAUAGCCCAGGAUUAACCCUUGUACCCAUUCUUUUCCAUGUGCUUUGGGCACACGCGCCCAGCAUGCAGCGGCUUAUGCCUGUAUAACAUUUCAUAUGGUGUUUUAUUUAUGGCUAUUGAGUACAAUCUAUUUAGCAUAUAAUUAGCAUACAUUGCGGCUUCACCCCAGAACACUGAUGGUAAGUUACAGUCAUACAGCAUAGCACGCAUCAUGUUUUGUAAGCAUUUGUUUUGGCGCUCUGUGGUUCCGUUCUGAUGCGGCGACCAAGAGGCCGUUAGAGAAUGUUUUAUGCCUCUUUCUUUAAGGAACCUUUGAAGUGAGACUGAGAGAAAUUCCCCUCCCCUGUCUGAAUGCAGCUGCGCCACCUUAACUGAGUGUUUCGCCUCCACCCACUUAACAAAGUGACGUAUGUUUUUGUCUGCUUCGGCUUUAGCCUUGAGCAAAUAAACAAAACUGUAUCUGGUGAAAUGAUCUACCAGUACUAAGUAAAACUUGGUGCCUCCUUUGGUUUUUCGGAACGGACCUGCCAAAUCCAUGCUAAGCAGCUCAAAUGCUCUUUUUGCCUUACAAUCACUUAUUCUCUUUAUAGGCGCAGCUUCUGCUUUUGUUUCUUUACACACAGAGCAUUCAACAUACUGUUUACAGCUCUUAUACACAAUAUCUGCACUGUGUUUGGGCAUUAAUUGGAGAGUUGAGAAACUCGCAUGCCCUAGUUUUCUAUGAAAGUCAUGAAUACAUCCCUCAUGCUUGGGUUGAUUUAGUACAACAUUUACUUUGGGAAGUUCUUCUAUAACAUAUAGUGCAUUCCUUAAACAUCCCUUCGCUUUCACCUCCCCCUUUUUACUGAUUGUGCACUCCCUUUUUGAGAACAUAACAUCAUAUUGCAUUUUGUUCAGCUUGGAAACAGACAUAUUUGUCUCCAUCUUUGGGACAUAUAAUACAUUAGUUAGCACAGUGUUUAAACAGUCUAAAUAUGCUGUUCCCUUCCCUAUUACCUCUCUUUUUGUCCCAUCUGCCAAUAUUACAUGUUCACAUGCUGAAGAUAGCACUUUAAACUGUGUCUUGUCAUUUAUCAGGAAAUGGGUUGCUCCUGAGUUGACUACCCACGUCGUGCCGUUCUUCUCCUUUUCUUCCCUUGUGUUGCUUGUUACGACCCAGACUGACAUGAAGUCUUUUUUUUGUUCGGUUCUUCUUUUCAUAGUACAGUCUUUACGCAGAUGUUUGUCAGAACCACAUCUGUAGCAUUUCUUUAUCGUGUUGUUUUGCAUGUCUACUUUUCUCCUUGCUGGUUCGGUAGCAGCGGCUUGUCUCGUGCCUUCUUCUUUCCAUCUCUCCCAUUCUUGGAGUUGCUUUCCGGAAACGUAUUCCAAAGAUAGCACGUUAUCUGGCAUGGCUUCUAAGGUGCUUAUGACUGAGUCAUAUGAGGUGUCUAACGAAGAUAGCAGCACAUAUACUUUCUGCUGGUCAGAGUAAACAACGUCUCUGUCUUGCAAUUGUGCAAAUAAGCUGCGUACUGUUAGUAGAUGGUCGUGCAUACUCACGCCUUCCUGCAAGCAUGUUCGGAACAGCCUCCUCGCGAGCAAUACUUUGCUGCCUGCUGUUGUUUGCACAUGCACAUUCCGGAGCGCUUCCCAGAUGUCUCUAGCCGUCUCUUUGUCUCUCACAUAUAGCAGUUGAGAGUCUUUCACUCCUAGAAUUAUAGUGGCCUUUGCCUUUUGAUCUUGGCAUUGCCACUCCUCUGUGGGGUCAGUUGGAGCAUCAGUCUCAACGACAUGCCACAAUCCUUCACGGGUCAGCAGCAUUUCCAUUUUCACCUUCCAAUUCGUGUAGUUUGUUUCGUUGAGACGCUCUAGAGGCAUUCCAGAUGCGAAGGACAUCGCUAUCCUUGCCUCACUCAUUAGGAGCUCGAAGGUGUUUACUCCUCUUUCUUCGUGUUGGCUUACUGGUACUGUUGGGUCAGGCUUUAGACUGGGCCCAUAACCCUAUUGUUAGCGUGAGCCUGUACAGUACCAAGUAGAAUAGGUAAGCCAGACACACACAGGAGCUUGUUAAGAAGAACUUUACUUGUAACACACAAUAUAAGUCCUUGUAACAGGUAGGUACACGUAAGUACAGAAUACAUGCAACGACACCACAUCAACAUUUACUCCUAAACCCCCACACAUGCUGCUAACUCUAUCCCUGUUUUAUGGACCCUGGGUAAUUAGCGUUAAUCACCUGCAGCUGUGUGCCUGAUGCAGUCUGAGCCUCUACUUAUGCUCUCUGUUAACUCUUCGUUCCCCUGCAUCCUUGGGGAUCAAAAAACCACUCAACAACACUGCUUUCCAGCUGCUGGUAACAAUGAAAACCUCUGUUUGAGAGACAGGAAUAAUAGUUAUGUUCACACUGGUGGGAAACUUUGUCCAUUCACUUCUCAGUAUACCCCUCCUACAUAAUAGAUGCCUGUAGAAUAUACCAAUGGAAGGAAUCGUUAGAAAUGCUUGAACUGUUAGGAAUGUUUCAGUGAAGAUUGUUACUCAGUUCAGUUUUGGGGGCAAAAGUGUGAGAAGGUGACGUGGACUGAAGGACCUGUGUAGUGGAAUGGAAGAAAAAGUUUAGACACAAAAUACUGGCUCAUGACUGACUUAGGCCUGAAUAUCUGCACUGAGGGCAGAAAUGUUUUUCUGGAUUGUGAGAAGCAGAAAUUCUGACAACGCCUUAGCUAAACUAAGCAGAGUUCCAGAUAAAAUUUAAUUUAGGUUCACACUGGUGGAAAACUUGUUCUGUUCACUUCUCAGUUACACCUCUCCUACACAAUAGAUGCCUGUAUGUUACGAUUGCUUGGCUAACCCCAUUUUGGUACAAGUGGAACCCAGGAGGUGCAAGGCCAAGAACUAUAACUCCCACUCUCAUUCUCUCACACACACACACCCAAUGGUAUGGCUGGUGAUGCGUUCCAGAGGUUUUGUGCAAAGAGUAUCAAGGGCAGAAUUAAGAUACAAAACUAAAGCUAUGGCAUAAAUGUUCUGCAUAAAUGUUAUCUUGUUCCUUGGCCGAUUUCCCUCAUCCACAGGGAAACCUAUUGUUUGUUAGGAGCCUUCAUGUUUCAAGGUCAGAAAUAUACAUGUAGAUACACAUACACACACAAAAAAUCACCAGAUUCCCAGACCCCUCCUUGGCAGAAGGAGGAGAAAGGAAAAAGUCUUUUAAAACGAGGCUUGAACUAGAAGAAGAGGAGAAGGGGGGCCAAGGAAGAUCAGGGCUCACACACGUGUACUACGCUCUCAAGGAACACAUCAAAGGACUGCAGGGACAGAACCGGGGAGAGACUCUGGGUCUUGGUGCAAAACCUUGAGACCAGGAGAUUCCUUCCUGGUUUUGGAUCAGAGCUCUUCCACAUAGCUUCAGCUGUAUUCAACUGCCCACUCCAGGUAUAGGAUAGAUAAUCUCUCCUACCUUUCACUUCUUAAUAGGGUCCUUUCAUCUCUUUAGUUUAAAGUUAUGAAUGGGUUAGGAUAUUAAUGAUUAAUGCUGCCACACACCCAAGUAAUUCUGUAA